AUGGGGGAAUGCGUUCUUUUGGCAGUUUGCCUUGCUGUGUUCGUUGCUGUGCUGAUGAGUUUCGACUACCGCGACGGCAUAAAGUUCCCGUGCAUAUUCGCGUCGGACCGAGAAAGCAGACGCGAACCGAAUUUCGUUUAUUCCUCUGAGGCGGAGACUUUCGUAAAUAGAAGCGGAGCGGUGUGCGUGGAAGACAUUGUCACCUUCGUCAACAAGCGACGCAUGGGACCAGAUGGCGAAGUGGGGACGAAGGAUGAUGCAAUGACUCUGGAGGAACAGGUGACAAUGAUCUCUGCAAUGCUCCACGCCAAUUUCCAUGGCGGCUUUUGGGUGAACACGCCGUGGACCCUCAAAUACGACGAAGGCGGCGCAACAUGGGCGAAGUUGAUCUAUGCAGAUGGUGACGAAUAUAUACUGAUUUCCGGCUCCCGAACGGGCUACAACGGCGUGGUCUACGAAUCGCAUGUCACCAAAAGCUACUUCGCUCUUGAGGGUGCCUUACGCCUGCAACGCCGUGCGCCUCACCGCCCUGUCUUGAUUGCGCCUCUCCUCAGUCGACGAGGAGUGGAGGCUCGCAUAGAGCCUGUCGGCUCUGAGGGGGAAUUGUGGAAAAACGGGUUCCGGAUCAGAAAGGGACAGAAAGUGCUCUACAGCACUGAGUCGCAGACGGAAGGCGCGGUUGUGCUCCAGUAUGUCUACGGUUCGAUGCCAUCUGCCGCUAUGUGGUCCUUCAUUCUUCCCCCGUUAUUCAAAGCGUGGGACUGGGAAGCCAGUUUUAUGUACUUGCGAGCUCUGGGAGAGUCUUUCUACCGCAACGGCCUUCUACCCGUCAUUGCGUUUAUGCUAGACAAAGAGGAAUCGUGGUCAGCGCGGAUGAACCUGUCCUAUCUCUCGGACAGCGAACAGAGCUACGUGUACGACGCUGAACGGGAAGAAGAGGAGACCGGCGAAGACAUAGCAAUCGCUGGCGGGCAGCAGGCUGGGAACCCCAAGGAGGCUGCAUCUGGGCCGACGAAGUCGAGGGCGCCAUCCGGCGACAGAAAGACAGAAAACGGCGAUCCAUCGCCAACGAGGGAAGACCAUUCUGGGAAAGAAGACAAGAGCGAGGAGCAGGACGUGGAGGACGAAGAAGAUGAUGAGCCCUUGACUCGAGACGACGAACUCUAA